GCCUUUUUCAAAUAUCGCAUGUUUUGUGGGAUUCGAUUAUGCUGUUGUAUACAUUGCAUAACCUGCACCUCCGUUUCUGUUCUUGUGAGGAUGCUUAUCGGCAGGUCGUUAUCAAGUGAGGGGUUGAGAGAGGCUACAGCAGCAUCUGAGCUGCACUGUCCCUAAGCCGAGGAACGCUCACCUACGUUCUCUUAUGAGAACGAAACGUUCAACUACGUUUUUUUUAUGAGAUCGGAGUUGAGCGUUCCGUAGCUAUCUCUACCCUAGACUCUUUCUGCGUUUUAAAGAUGCACUAUGCAGAAACAGCUCCGCCAUUUCUUGGUUGCUAAAAUUCUCAAAUUUAACCUCAUUUCAGUUAAUCUGACAAAACAAGCAAGUAUAGUGUAGAGAAUCAUUGUACUUUCUAAACCGCUAUGAAAUAUUUCCCAUGACCAAAAAUAUUGUAUUUUCAGCUGUUUGAAGCUGGUGAACAAUAACGUUACCAAAAGUAAAAGAUACAAAAACGAAAUCUAAGGAAUGGAAGCAAUAGAAAUACUGCACAUAGAACAUAUCUACUGCUUCUUAGACUUUCUUUCAAUGAGAGUGAAAGAUCUGUAACUCAUAUUUCUGUGUGAAUUUGGUGGACGACCCAUUUACCUAUAGUCUACGUCAGUAUUAGUCGUAAUACAUAAAACUUAGCGGACAAACACAGAAAUGGUUCCAAUCGUUUUUCCACCGUUCGUUUGAGCCAUUGUGGAUUUUAGAAACGCUUCAAUUAAGGGCUGUGUUUUCAUGUAGGUUUACCCUGCCGGUACGUUUUUGAUAACUAUGCUAAUUAGCUGCCAAUGCGGAUAUCAUCUAGAACUACAAAUGCCUGUCUCAAGCUUAACGACACUCACCAGGGCCUUGAAGAUCUGGACGAUACUGCCAAAUUGAGGCAAAGGACCGAACGAGAUGUGACCGGCUGGUCAACAGACAAGCUGAAGGAGCUUCUAUUGGGACUGCGCGUGGAGGGCCCAGAGGGGAGCUGCGAGGUCACUGACAUCCCCAAUCUGGACGGUGAGGCAUCCAUCAACAACCGCAAGGGGAAGCUCAUCUACUUCUACGAGUGGAACGUCAAGGCGACAUGGACUGGAACAUCAAAAACCGGAAUCAAGUACAAAGGGAACAUCGAAGUUCCCAACCUCUCUGAUGAAAAUGACAUGGACGACCUAGAUAUCAGUGUGUCACUUUGCAAAGAUGAACCCAACACAACCCUCACUGAACUCAUGAAGAAGGAGGGAGCGAAGAAAGUGCGUGCUGCCCUGGGGAGCUAUGUGGACCACCUCAAAUCCGAGUUCACUCAGGGCAUGAUCCUCCCAACGGCGAAUGGAGUGGCGAGCAAGCCACAGCCAACGCAGACAAAGGUCAAAGUGGACAAAACCCAGAUUGGCUCCUCCGUAUCAGCCCCCUCUCCUAGCACAGGGGUCAAGAUCCCCACCUGCAAGUUUAGUCUCCAGGAGACCUUCCUCACCUCACCUGACGAGCUGUACAGAACCUUCAUCAACCAGGACAUGGUCCAGGCGUUCACCCAUACUGCAGCAGUGGUCGACGGAGACAAAGGAGGGAAGUUUCAGCUGCUAGAGGGAAGCGUCAAUGGAGAGUUUCUGGAGCUGGUCCCAGAUGAAAAGAUAGUUAUGAAAUGGAGGUUCAAGACCUGGCCAUGUGAGCACUAUGCAACUAUUACCCUGAACAUGAAGGAUCGAGGCAAUGAGACUGAGCUGAAGGUAGAAUUUAAAGGAGUCCCGACGGUAGAGGAGGAUCGGACAAAGGAGGGUUGGAAGAGACACUACUUUGAAGCCAUCAAACAGACUUUUGGAUUCGGGGCCCGACUCUACUGAAUAAUGUAAAAAAAAAAAAAAGAACCUGAUUAUUUAAUGUGGAUGAAUACUCUUUAGUGCAGUCUCUUGUAGCACCAGCCCUACAUCGUGCGUAGACAAACGGUGCCUUUUCCACUUGGAAGACUGGCAGUCCGUGUAAGGGUCAUUGGUUCAAGGCUUUCUUUGAUGUCUGUGCUUACUUUACUGAGUCUAUAGGCAAAAUGAGAUGUAGAAACAAUUACUCGAUCGACAGUAUAUUUGGAAUUAACUAUUAGCAAUCUCCAAUUCUGCACAUUUGAAGUGUGUCAUGCUGAAAUAAAUUACAUUUUUACUGAGUUA